CCUCCCUCCAAUGGCUGCAAAGUGGAUGUUAUUUUCGUAGAAAUAGGGGCCAUCUCUAUUUGUGUCCAAGUAUGACAUCAUCGUGAGAUUCCUAACCAGUUCCUAACCUUGUUUUCACUGCACGACUCUCAGCUCAACUUGAACCCGUACCUCCAUGUCGCUCUCUCUGCACUCAUUCACACCAUAAUAACAAUGAAACCGGAAAAGAGCAUCGAACCCCUCCCAGAUUCUACACGGAGCAAAAUCCGGUCCACUCAGAUCCUCACCUCCCUCCCUCAAAUCGUGUCCGAGCUCAUGCAGAAUUCACUUGACGCAGGGGCGAGGCAUGUCGAUAUCGGUGUAGACUGUGAGGGGUGGACAUGCUGGGUGAGGGAUGAUGGGCCUGGGAUGAGCAAGGAUGCACUGGCUAGUAUCGAGGGGCGGUACGCGUACGAUCCGGAAUCGUUAAAUGUCUUGUCAACAUUUGGGUUUCGCGGCGAAGCUCUCGCAUCGGCUGCCGAUUUAUGCUGUCUGGAGAUAUCCUCGCGGACGGCCGUGUCGAGGGAGACGUGGUCUGUCAUACUCAAGGGUGGCAAGACAUUGUAUUCUGGCGCCGCCGUGCGAUGGAGGAGAGAGACACCAGGGACGGUCCUUUGUGCUCGUGAUGCCUUUUACAACCUUCCCGUCCGACGGCGCUCCCACCCUUCCCCAGCCCGGACACUGGAACUAAUCAAGCAGGAAAUCGAGACCUACGCGUUGCUCUUUCCUGCUGUUGCUUUCUCGCUGGAGAAUACGAAUGCGGUUAGGAACGAUGGGCUUGUGCUAAAGGUUCCCAAAACGCCGUCGACCCUUUGUACAUUCCGGCAUUUAUUUGGCAAGGCUUUGGUGCAGCAUGUCGACGAAAUCAAUCUCACCGCAGAUAGCCUGACGCUCGAAGGCUUUAUCAGCUUGGACGGUGCGCCAUCCAAAGCAUAUCAAUAUUUAUACGUCAACAAGCAUCCCAUAGAUGUAGGGGAUUUACACCGGUUUAUUGAUACAAAAUUUGCCGCGAGUACAUUCGCGAAGCAUGCUUAUAGCGAAACCGGGGAGACGAGUCUGCGCCCAACCUUCCGGAGAUCUCCCAGAAAGGCGGAGAAAAAACCCGUUUACGUCUUGAAUUUGACUCUGCCGCCGCGUGAAGUAGACAACUGCCUUGAACCAGCAAAAGGAGACAUCCAUUUUCAGAACAAAGACACCGUGUUCGCUCUUCUAUCUAAUGCUAUUCAGUCAUUCCUGUCCCGUCAUGGGUUUUCCUCUAAUGUGAGAGAGGGAAGCGCAACAGACGACGCGUCCUCGUCCCCUCGUAAACGGAGAAAAACUGAUAUUGACGACUCGGGAUAUGUUUCUGAUGACGCGGUACAUGGAGGCGGCCUAGAAUUACAGCGCACCGCCACACCGUUGUUCAUCAGACGGGAGGAACGUAAUACCGUGCCGGGCGAGUUUGUUUGGACUGACCCAACAACAGGGCAAGGCUUUGUUGUGAACAACCGUACGGGCAACUCGCGGGCUUGCGAGAAUGCUAUUUCAGGAGGAAGUGAUGAUGUGAGGGAUGCUAAGUCCCGAAUAUCUAACUCUAGGACCACUUUUUGUCCCUCAAAACAUGCUUCUGGAGUUAAGACACUUGAGAUGCCAGAGUGGAUUCAAGAGGCCCUUGAAGCCAACAAUGUUUAUACCCAGACUGAACGCAAAAUACCCUCUAUUAGUAUUAUCGACUCCACACUGUGGCUGAAUUCACAAGACGCUUCAGGGCGCAAGAAUCCCUCUCACGGUUCCCAAUCCUCUCGCUAUUUCCCUUCCGGACAGCACAAUCCGAUGACUUAUGCCAUGACCACCGGUGGAUCUUCAUGUCAUCGAUAUCGAAAGGAGGACCUAAGAAAUGCCCAUGUCAUAAAUCAGGUGGACCGGAAGUUCAUAGCCUGCCUUAUCAGUGACACCGGCCAAAUCGAAGGUGGCGCUCGACAUGGACGGGCACUUGUUCUUAUCGACCAGCAUGCUGCUGACGAACGCAUACGGGUCGAAAGAUUUCUGAAAAUACUUUGCUCGGGCUUUUUGUAUAGUCAGAAGGGAGGUCAAGAUAAGACUAGGAUGGUAGAGACUAGGGUACUUUCUCCGACAGUACCUAUACUUCUAACGAGACACGAAGCGAUUCAAUUCGCCCGCGGACCGCAAGUCCAGCGUGCACUGCGCUAUUGGGGCUUCGGAUUCUGUGGGCUGGAUGAAGUCGAGUCUGAGUCAGAGCCAGGUUCCGAUGAAAGUGGAUAUAUACAAAUCAUGGUGGAGACUAUACCGGAGGUCGUUGGGAAUAAGCUCCUAGUCGGGGACGAACUGCGUGAUUUGGUCAAGGGAUCUCUGUCCAAUCCAGACCUGUCCGGUGAUCCUGCCGUUGAAGAUAGUACACCAGAGUCGGAUGAAAAUAGUUUUGUUUGGUUAAAAGCUCUGAGAUGGUGCCCCCGAGAACUCUUGGAUUUAGUUAAUUCAAAGGCCUGUAGAGGUGCCAUUAUGUUUAAUGACGCGCUUAGUAUGGCACAGUGUGAACGGCUGGUGCUGCAAUUGGCUAGUACUGCGUUUCCAUUUCAGUGCGCACAUGGAAGACCGUCUUUGGUACCAUUGACUGAUAUAUCGAGGGACGCGACUGGAUCGAAGGGGGGUCGCAUAAGUUGGUCACAGCUUGAACAUACGGAGAGUAACCUCCAUUAGGAACCAGCAUUAUAGAUACCGGGUAUGGUAUACAGUCUUGCCCUAUUGUCCUGGUUUGUACCUUCUAUACUGGACGAAAUCGUAAUUUUUAAAGAACCCUAUCUAGGGUUAGGCAAGAUCAUUGGAUCGAGGGGGGAAACAGUGCCUUCGGUGACGCCACAAUGACCGAGGCACAGCUUAUGACGACUUUUGCCACUUGUCGGGGACAAGUAAGAUAAAGGCGCGACUCAGAC